GUGUGUGUGUGAGAGAGAGAGAGAGAGAGAGAGAGAGAGAGAAAGACAAGAGACAAUAAGGAGAAGGAACCUUACCUAAGCUAGAUCUGAAAAACCCAAAAAAAAAAAAAAAAACUAAAACCAAAAUCCGAAAACCCUUUUUAAGAUUUUCAUCAAUCAAAAAACACAACACAACACAAGUUUCAAGUUUGUUUCAGAAUUUCAAUGCUCUGUUCUGUUCUGUUCUGUUUCUGAGUUCUGAGUUCUGAACUGACUAAAUACUACUGCUACUGAACCUUAAAAAAAGAAUCACAAUAUUUACGGAAAAUGCCACGCCCUUAUUUCCACAAGCUGAUUCUCUCCACCACAAUCCAAUCCAAGCAACUGAGGAUACCAGAAAAGUUUGUCAUGAAAGUUAGGGAUGACCUUUCUCCUGUUGUUACACUCUCUGUUCCUGAUGGUCAUGUUUGGCAAGUAGGAUUGAAGAAAGUAGACAAUAGUGCUUGGUUUCACAACGGUUGGCAAGACUUUGUUGAGCAUUACUCCAUCCGUGUUGGGUACUUUCUAGUAUUCCGAUAUGAAGGGAAUUCGAGCUUCUUUGUUCAUAUAUUUAACUUAGCGAAUUCUGAGGUCAACUAUCAAAACAAUACUCCCGGUGGCCCUCAAGGGAUCAGUUAUGCCAGUCAUUAUCGUGUAUUUGAAGAAAUGGAAGAUGAUGACUUUGCAGAAAUCUUGGGUUCCACACCGACUACUGAGUCUUUGAAAAACAAGCUUUUUGGUGAACGUGGAGAUCUACUGACACCUAACAAAAGUUACAAUCCUCCAUCACUGCAGAAUUUGUUCAAUGGCUCUAAACUUAAAAACUGCUUGAAUUGGGCUGGGGAUGGGAACAUGCAUCCAUCAAAGGGUGUUGAUAAAUCCUCAUCAGAAAGUCAUCAUACUCGGGAGAUAGGUGUUCAAUUUAAUGCAACUGAGCUUAAAAGGUCUUUGGAUGAAGUGAAAUUGCAAAGUGCAGAUCAAGAAAUUCAAAAACUUAAAAAAACUAUGAGAAAAAAGCGGAAAAAUGAUCCUAAUGAGCAGGAGUCAUCAGCUCGACACGAAGAGGAAGUAGAUAUGAGGUUCAGAUUUUACGAAAGUGCUUCUGCAAGAAAGAGAACAGUGACAGCAGAGGAACGAGAAAGGGCUAUUAAUGCGGCUAAAGCAUUUGAGCCAACCAAUCCUUUCUGCAGGGUUGUCCUGCGGCCAUCUUAUUUAUAUAGGGGGUGUAUAAUGUAUCUCCCAUCAUGCUUUGCUGAAAAGAAUCUAAGUGGGGUAUCAGGAUUUAUCAAACUUCAGACUUCUGAGGGGAGACAGUGGCCUGUCCGGUGCCUUUAUAGAGGAGGCAGAGCAAAGUUAAGUCAGGGAUGGUAUGAAUUUUCAUUGGAGAAUAAUUUGGGGGAAGGAGAUGUUUGUGUCUUUGAGCUGUUGAAGAUGAGGGAAAUUGUGCUGAAGGUUACCACAUAUCGUGUCCUCGAUGAUAAUGGGCUGGUGGUGAACCAACCAUUAAUGCCACAUGUCAACCACUUAAAACUAAUUAGAAAUUAGUUGCUGGUAAUUUUUGGAUUUCUAGACUGUAUCAAGUAACUUUAUCUUCUGGGUGGCCAGUUACUGAUCUUAUAUCUUCACGAGGAGCUUAGUUGCUUUUUUGUGUCCAUAAACUUUCCAAGAUAACUUAGUGGAACUUUUAGUAGUUAGGAAUUUGAAUACCGAUUUUUAUGUCUUGACUAGGGUUGUAAAUAGAUUGUGCAAUCUAGUUUUUAUCAAAGUGGACCAGAACAAUGGAUCCUAGUCAUUCCCUCUCCUCUUCCCCUCUUGAUUUGGUAUUUUCAGCCUGAAAUUUUAUUUUAUUGCUCCAGUUACUGAUUGUUAA